UCCUCCCGAAACACUGGCGGCUCUCGUCCUGCUUAGCCCGGCCGAGCCUGACUUGUCGCUUUCGCCCCAUCAACUCGACGCUGCUGCACCAUUACCGCUAUUGAAUCCAGACAGUCGCGUUGUCCCCGAGGCGGCGCCCGAACCGCUGAUGAUGGCACAGCCCGUGCCUCAUCAACCCACGGACAAGCGGCGCGUCAAGGUCUACGAGCUGCGUCACAAUGACUGGUUCGACCGCGGCACGGGCUUUUGCUACGCCUGUUGGGUGCCGGUGGAAGAAGGCCAGCCGAAAGAGCCCCACGUGGUUGUUGAGUCCGAGGACCAGCCCAACCGUCGGCUGCUGGAAACUAAGAUAGUCAAGGACGAUGGCUUUCAGAAACAGCAAGAAACCCUGAUAGUAUGGACCGAUAACGGCGUGGAUAUGGCGCUGAGCUUUCAGGAAGCUGAAGGCUGUGGUGCCAUCUGGAGAUUCAUCGAUGGAGUCCAGCAAACCUUCCAGGGCGGUACAGCCGGCCCAGACGACAGCCUUUCGGAUGAUUUGACCAUGGAAAUGCCGCCUUCGAUCCAGCUCCCGCCCGCCGAUUUGGCGUCAUUACAUGAGUUGGACGCGGCGAUCCGAAACCUGUCGCAAUCGCCCACCGGCCGCGACGCGCUUGCGAAGACCAUCAUGGCCGAGGACUACAUCAGCAAGCUGAUUCCUUUGGUGGAGAUGGCUGAGGAUCUUGAAAGUCUCCCGGAUCUUCACAAGCUAUGCAACAUCAUGAAGACGGUGCUUCUUCUGAACGACACCAGUAUCAUAGAGCACGCUGUUUCGGACGACUGUGUUCUAGGAGUUGUGGGCGCCCUGGAGUACGACCCUGAUUUUCCGAGCCACAAGGCGAACCACCGGCAGUGGUUGAACAACCAGGGCCGGUACAAGGAGGUGGUGAGGAUCCAGGACGAGCAGGUCCGCCGCAAGAUCCACAUCACGUAUCGGCUGCAGUAUCUUAAGGACGUUGUGCUAGCCAGGAUCCUCGACGACCCGACCUUCUCGGUUCUCAACUCGCUCAUUUUCUUCAACCAGGUCGACAUCGUCCAGCAUCUCCACACUACGCCCGGGUUCAUGCAUGAUCUCUUCGCCAUCUUCCACGACGCGCACGAACAGCCACUGCGGAAAAAGGAGGCGGUUCUAUUCAUCCAGCAAUGCUGCGCUAUAGCAAAGAACCUCCAGCCUCCCGCCCGUCAGGGGUUGUACAUGCACUUCCUCAAGGAGGGGCUUCUACCCGCUAUCAACUUCGGCAUGCGCCAUCGCGACGUGUCGGUGAGGGUUGGUGCGACGGACGUCCUGGUGUCCAUGAUCGACCACGACCCGUCCCUGGUUCGGCAAACAAUCUACGAGCAGAUCCAGAAGCGGCUGCCACCACUAACGGAUACUCUAGUUGAUCUCCUCCUUGUGGAGGUAGACCUAGGUGUCAAGUCACAGAUUGCCGAAGCGCUCAAAGUGUUACUCGACCCAUGUCCGCCUCCCGUGCAGCAGCAAGAAGCUAGGGGAGAGUUCAUCGCUGGCCAGCCAAGGCUGAGGGCACACCCCGGUAUCGACCCCCAACAGGAUGUUUUUCUGUCACACUUCUAUGAGUGCUCGGCUGUCAGGCUGUUUCGGCCGCUUUUGGACCUCGAGAAGCGCGUUGAGAUGAAGUUCAGUCCGUCAGAGGAAGGGGUGUUCAAUUACUUGAAUGACAUCCUCUGCUUCUAUAUCCAGCGACAUCACCACCGGAGCAAAUUCUUUGUCUUUACCAAUAACAUAGCUUCGCGCUUCGUGCAGCUGCUGGCCUGCAAGGAGAAGCACCUGCAGCUUGUUGCGAUUCGCUUCUUCCGCCAUCUCGUGGUAAUGCAGGACGAGUUCUACAUCAAGCACAUGGUCGAUAAGCAGGUGCUUGGCCCGAUCCUCAACGUCCUGCUGCGGACCCUUCCGCGGGACAACCUCCUAUCAUCCGCUUCUCUUGAGCUCUUCGUGCUGAUUCUUAAGGACAAUACGAAAGAGCUCAUCAAGCAGAUGGUGGAGAAUUACCGUGAAAAGGUGAUGGCUCUCGCCUACAUCGAUAUUUUCAACGAGAUCCUCAACCGCUACGAUCAGACUCAGGGCUUCACCACGAAUAUCGACCCUUACUUCGAGUCGGAGGAUGAAUUGGGCCGGGCUCGCCCACCGAACGGCGCGGCGCAGGGAAUGAUUGAGCAUCUCACCGUCGAUCAGGCGCAGGAAGAUUACUGGAACACGUCGGACGACGAGGACGACCCCACCGCCACCCAGCAACUAACCUUGGAAGAACUGCGCUCUCUGUCGAAACCGCUUGUCGAGUACAACUCGGAUGACGACGAAACGGACGAAAACGACACCGUCAUGACGCCCGCCGAAUCGCCGCCUCUGGUCCGUGCCACAACAACAGAUCCCUCCCAGCCAGACGGCCUGCCCCAGUCUCCGUCCACAACAACCACAUCCGGUAACCCUACCCCAGCAAACGGCACGCCCGCAUCUCCUCCGUCCCGGUCGCCCUCGACGUCAUCAUCGAUCUCCGCAGCAACCGCCGCGGCGGCUGCCGCAGCCGCAGCAGCAGCAGCAAAUUCCACACCACCGCCCGAACGCCUGUCAGAGAAACGCCGCCGCGAAGAAGACGAGGACGACGACGCACUGGACAAGCUGACACAGCAGCACAAGCGGCGGAACAGCAGCAGUGCCGCGUCUAACUCGUCGGUCGGGUCGGUCGGGUCCACCGUACUACUUAGGAAGAAGAGGAGCUUUUCUGGCCAGGGGCAGGGUGGUUACGGUGGGGUGCACGGUGGUGCUGGUGGGGGAGCUGGAGGUGGUGGGGCCAAGAAGAUCUCGAUUAGCAUCGCGUCUGCGGUGAAAACGGCUGUUGCUGGGGGGAAGGGGACAGAAGGUGUUGAGGUUGGGGAAGAAGGGAGAGGGGGAGGAGGAGGGGCGUGAGGGAGUUGAGGCUUUCUUGGGUUGGUUGUUGUCUGUCUCUCACACGGGGCGACAACGUUUUGACGAGUCACGUGUUGUCGUACACCGGCUUGUGGGAAUACCUUCCCCUCGAAGUUACCUGUCAAAUGCGCCUUUCCCUUGCCGGGCUUACCCUUAUCC